GCUUCUGUGACCUUGCAGUGGUUACAUCCGUCAGGAUCGCGGGAGGAGCGGAAGGGGAUAAGUUGUGCUGCUGCCGCCACCGCCGCAACACUCAGGCGCGAAGACCGGCCGCUGCAGUCAGCACCAAGAAAAAGAGAAGCGACGUCGUUACGGCCGCCAUCCCUGCAUAACAGAGUUUCCUGACAGUGGUGCCAUGAAGACCAUUUUGUUGCGUACAUUGACGUUGAUUUUGGUUGUUGGAGGCACGCAUUCGGCCAGGAUUUUGGGCAUCAUCCCAACGCCCUCUAUCAGCCACCAGCUGCCCUUCCGACUGAUAGCUCUCGAGCUCGCCAAGAGAGGCCACCAGGUCACACUUAUUACAACGGACCCUGUGAAGAAAAAUUUACAGAAUUACACGGAAAUAGACUUGUCUAGUACUUACGAUUAUUGGCGAGCAACGUUUGAUUUUACAUCCAUGUCUGAAACAAGUCCCAUUGCAUUGAUGAAUAUGAUGGAUGAAGCUGGGAAACGCAUUUGCGAACUACAGCUUGGCUCUUCUCAGAUCAAAGACUUCCUCACAUCCCGGCCGUCUUUCGACCUCAUUAUUCUGGAGCACCUCAUGUACCAAUGCUACUACGGUUUGGUACACGAGCUGGGAUCACCGCCGCUGAUUGGUUUCGUGUCCCUAGGUAUCCCCUCUCCCGUCCAUACCUCGUAUGGAAAUCCCAACAAUCCUUCCUACUGCCCAGAUCUCUUGCUUGGCUACUCCGAUCACAUGUCCUUCUGGGAGCGAAUGUACAACACCUACAUAAUACUCCAUCUGAAUUACAUUUGGCGGUAUGUAAUACUGAAGACUCAAGAUGAGGUCAUGAGAACGUAUUUCGGUGCAGAACCGCCAUCUGUGCUGAAAACAGAAACAAACGUAAGCCUGAUCCUUGUCAAUAAUCACUUUAGCAUGAACUACCCACGGCCGAUGCUACCAAAUGUGAUAGAACUGACAGGGCUGCACAUCGAAAAGCAACGUAAGCCUCUACCCAAGGAUAUUCAAAGUUUUCUAGACGGCGCCGAAUAUGGAGUCAUCUACUUCAGCUUGGGCACCAACGUCCGAGGCAGUGCGAUGCCCGAGCACAAGCGCCGGGCCUUCCUAGAGGCUUUCUCGCAGCUGCCACAGAGGGUGCUGUGGAAGUGGGAAGCAGAUGACCUGCCAGGCCGUCCAGGAAACGUCAAAAUAUCCAAGUGGCUCCCGCAGCAAGAUGUGUUGGCUCAUCCAAACAUCAAACUGUUCAUUACACAAGGUGGGCUCCAGAGUAUGAAUGAGGCAGCCUACUUUGGUGUUCCUCUAAUCGGAAUUCCGUUCAUGAGUGACCAACAAAACAAUGUGGCGAAAAUGGUUCAAGCAGGCAUUGGCUACCGUCUGGAGUUUAAAGACGUCACAACUGCUACUGUUUUGGACGCUAUUCGCACUUUUAUAAGUGAUCAAAGCUAUCGGAAGAACAUGGAGCGCUUCUCAGCAGUGUACCGCGAGCACCAGGCGACGUCGCUGGACAGUGCCGUGUGGUGGAUCGAGUACGUGAUACGUCACAAUGGCGCCCCCCACCUGCGCAGCGCAGCCCUCGACCUCAGCUGGUGGCAGCUUCUGCUGCUCGAUGUCAUCGGAUUUGUCGUGGUGACUGCUUGCGUUGCGCUCUACGUCACCUACAAGGGAGUCAGCUACGUAGCGAGGACGCUAAGCCUCUCUCGAAAAUUGAAAAGUUCGUGAGCCGUUCAGAGGCCGUAAUGAGAUGACGACAAUAUAAUUCCACAGUUGUUUGCAUAACAAAAGUGCAAAAUCUAAGAAACAGAAAUAGAGAUUUAAUGGUAAAAACCGUAAUUUGCCACUGUGGGCGCUUAAGUGUCAUACCAAGUGCCAAAAUUAUUGUGAAAAAUACCUAGGGAGUUCUCGUUGUGUAGGCAGUGAUCCGCUGGCUGAACAGAUUUCAGUGGAGGGUAUUAUAAUUGUCGCGAAUGUUUGAACAUACUUGUGAAUAAUGACAAUCAGACCCAUCCCCCGACUGUUCAUUCUUCUACCAGUUAUAUGUUUCCGCAAGUACAACGAGAAGUGCAUGAACUUUAUCCUUCACCAACAACAUAUUACCUUCGAUAUUUCAUUAUCUCUUCACGCUACUCCCUCCCUUUACGGAGUGCACUGGUCUUUUUAUUUGGUCAAGGACAUUCCUUGCUCUUGCUAUUUAACGAUUAAAAUCUACUCAGGAACACACCGCUAACUUCAGCGAAUAUAAAAGAAGUCGAAAGUAAUCUUGAAAGAUGGGUAUUGUGGAACCUAUUUAAGUGACUGUACUGUAAUGCAUUGUAUACAAACCACGAAAAUAUUGCUUUGAGACUGUAUUGAACACAAAAUGUUUUCAGACUUUCGGGAGGCAAGUGUUUCGAAUCUUUGCCUGGUCAGCCAGACUUGAACUUUUUGUAAUCGCUCAAAAUAUCUUAAGCUUAAGAUUUAUGCCGGGACUAAUUCUUUGAAAUGAGCAGGUCUAAUCUCAUUUUCCUUUGUUCCCCUACCUGUGUUUGUGCUCCGUCUCUGAAGAAGUCUAAGGGACGUUAAACCACAAUCUUCCUCUCUUCCUUCAUUCAGACAUUGUCCCCUCAAGAGGAAAAUAAUCAGUUUCCUUUCUCUCACGUACCAAAGUGGACCAGCACGAUUCCUGUAAGUGACUUUUAAUGAACAGGAAGUAAAACCUUCAUCCCCAAAUCUCAUUGCGUUACUGAAGGUGCUACAAUGAAUCAAACCUGUUAAUAUACAUUCACUCAGAUUUAAUCAUUUAUAGUUUUUCAGUUCACAUCUUGUCCAUGUUCAUGGAAAUUACAAGAUGCCACAAACCUAUGUACCGACUACACGUGUAUCUUUCUAAUAUAAUGGUAUUAUUAACACCAGCCCAUGAACGGAGGAAUAACCAUAGUAAACCCAUGCUGAGAGACACAUUGCGUGUAUCUGAUACUCGUAGUAAACCUACAUAGUGUCAUUUCACCCACAACCUUUCUAAUACUUCAUUUCUUGAAAUGGCUGUGACGUUUUGUUAUGUUAUUCUUAGUCUUGAUAUGUCCUAUGUGUUGACACUUCUAUAAAUAUUAUUCUUGAUGAAAAACCUAACCGAAAUCAACUUAAUUUUAACAUAAACUGAAGUAGUUCCAUAUCUGCAACCCGCAACUGCCUGCUUCUUCCGUGUAAGUAAUGUCUAAUACAACUCCAUAUAUGUUAACGAAGUGUGUACCGCGUCAUUCUGCUGCUCCUAAAUGGAGCAAAAGUAUUGUUGCAGCACUAUUGUGUGUUAGGCAGUCAUAUGAACACACUUUUGUUUUCAAACAGCAUCUGUUUGUGUUACUAUGAAAUCAAUGCUGUAUAAUGGAAACGUA